AUGGCAUCCGGUGUAAAACCCCGUGUCAAAGUCCCCAAAAAGGCAUCUGCUGGCGAAACGAUCACGAUCAAGACCUUGAUCAGCCACAAGAUGGAAAGCGGACAGCGCAAAGAUGACGACGGAAAUGUCAUUCCGCGUUCCAUUAUCAAUCGCUUCACCGCAGAUUUUAACGGUCAAAACGUCAUUGACGUGACCCUGGAGCCCGCGAUUUCGACCAAUCCGUACUUCCAGUUCGACGCUGUGGUGCCAGAGUCGGGCGAGUUCAAGUUCACCUGGUACGAUGAUGACGGUUCAGUCUACGAAACAGCCAAGAAGAUCAAGGUCUCCUGA